AUGUCUAAAGUACUGUUUGAUGACGUCCUGGCACUGGCACCGUUGCCGACGCUCCCGAACGAGACAACAUCCACUGGCAGCGCAGUGAAACGAUACAUGAGUCUAUAUCCAGCCUGGGUGCCCGGCUCAGAACUCGUCGGGGGCAAAGGCCGCGGAUCCAAGGCAGACCCUCGGGCUGCCUACGGAGGUCAUGUCUACUGCCAGGCGGCUCUAGCGGCAAGCCGCGCUGUCAAGGAAGAGGAACCUGCUGGAUCGGGGACUCAGACAGGAGGAUUCGGGCUUCAUACCAUUCAAGGUGUGUUUUCUGCUGCCGCCAGGUCAGACAGGCCCUUCAUCUAUGAGGUCUCUGUCCUCUCAACCAGCCGAACGUUCUGCUCUAGGUUGGUGACCACGCGGCAACCACGAGAGACGAGCAGCCGAAACGACUAUGAGGACAACUUCUUGGCAAAAGAUGCAGAAGGUGAGCUAGGCGAUGUGUGUUUCAGCUGCAUAUGCACCUUCAAGCGACCAGAAAAAGGCCGGGUCGACUCGCAAGAAGAACCGCCACAGAGGCGCUUUGCCGAUAUCCUUGCGACCAAAUCCCCGAAGGACUGGCCCCAUGCACCGGCGGUAGACGUGAACGAGAUCAAGGCCAUGUUUCCGGAUGUCGGCGAGACAACCUUUCCCAUUGUCGAUAUGCACAAGGUCGAUUUGACGGCGUACAACGAGGGCAAGCCCGUAACAGAGAGGAAGGAGCUUCUUCUCUACCGUCUCAAGAGGCCGCUCCCAGCCGAUGACCCGAACUCGCACGUGGCUGUUCACGCGUUCGAGUCGGACCGCAACGGGCUUCUGAUGAUAGGGAACCACAUCGGCAUUGGGUGGAAUUUUGGGACAGCAGCAAGCUUGACGUACAAAUUCGUGGUUCACGUCAACGUUGAUCAGGCUGUGAUGAAGGACCCGUCGGGACCGGACGACGGUUGGUGGAUUCAGGAGGCAUCGUUCCCUCGCGCUGGUCAGGGGCGAGGGAUCCUGGUAUGUAAGAUGUGGAGUCCUGAGGGUAUACACGUUGCUACUGGAUAUCAGGAUGGUAUUGUUAGAGAGAGAAGGGUGGCGGGUGACGAAUUCAGUGAGAAGCUGUAG